AUGGCUUCCAAGCCCCCCACUGCUCGUCCCAACGACGAGGGACCGGAUGAUGCCUCCUCGGGCUCCUCAGUAGACGACCAGACCGUCAACCUGCAGGUCGUCUCGCCUUCGGUCGGCGUGAAUCGACCUUUGCUGUUCCCCGGUAUCGCUGCCAACACGACCGUUAAGCAACUCAAGGAAAGGAUUCGCCAGACUCUCCCUUUGCGACCUUCGGACGAACAUCAGCGACUCAUUCAUCGUGGACGUGCUAUUGUUCGCGAGUCAGAUACCUUGUUGGACAUCUUCGGUGCCGAUGCGCUCCGUACCCCCGAACAACAGACCAUUCAUCUUGUCAUUAGGGAUACCCGAGAUAGUCAAUCAUCUACUCCGACAGUGCCUCCCGUCACCGCUCCCGCUUCCGCUCCCGCUCCAGCUCCAGCUCCAGCUCGCGGCCCCAGCCCAACUGCUUCCGCUCCCCCAACAAACGUCCCCCGCCAGCAUGUUCAACAUGCCCACGGCCAUGCCUUUGGAUACCAGACUGCGCCAGGUUUCACUUGGAGACAUUCGAUGCCUCCAACCUCCAACCCGUUUCCUCAGCCGCGCAUGCCGUCACCGUCACCGUCCCAUACGCCCGAGCAAGCCGCCGCCUUUCAACAUCAUCACCAGAACAUGACUCAGUGGUUGAACAAUAUUCAGCGAGAGGCUAUGGCGAGGGCAUUGAAUCAGAAUCAGCGGACUAGAGCUCAGAUGGGCAUGCGCGGCGUUGGGGACACCGCGGCUGGGAAUGCUCCUGCAGGCGACAAUAGCGGUCGAGCAAGCCCUGCUCCAGGUCACACCAUUUACCGCGAACAUGUAGGACCCAACGGACACACUUACCAAGUUGAGACUGUCGUUCGCACCCCGGGGCAAGGCAAUGCAAGUGGAGCUAUGUCUCCGGCAGAUGUUCAGAAUAUCAUUCGGACUGCCGAUGUCAAUCAAGCAACACUGGCAAUGACGAGCGCGAUGCAGCGCAGCGCUUCAAGCACUUCUCUUUACAACCGUUCUCUGGCACAACCUGGUGUGACCACGCCAGCCUACCCUACCCCCAGCUCAAUGGCUGGCAGCGGAAGAGGAACUCCGGACCACUCGGCUGCUCGACUCACCACCGCUGGGGCUCCUGGAAGCUCCCAGUCAAGACCAGGUUCUGAAGUAUACAUCCUGUCAUCGCCUGAAGGACCACGAGCAUUGCUCUUUAACAACACGGGGGCUGAAACUUACUAUACGCCGCGACUUCGAGGCCAAGCAAGUUUCCCGCAACUUCGAACCACUCCUACUCUUGGCACCUCGAUUAACGAUCUUCACAAUCAGAUGCGGGCUAGGCACCAUCACCACCAUCAUCACCAUCAUCUGCGUCCUCAGACGGUACCACAGCCGCUGUCCCAAAUUCAGCCUCAAGUACCGCCUCAACCCCAGCUGCAGGUUCAACAACAGCAGCAACAGCAAUAUGCGCCCCCUCAGCAGGACCAAGCACGUCAGGACCAAGGUCAAAACCAGGCACAAGUUCAACAGGACCAAAUGGCAGCUGUGGCCCCCUUGAUGCAUCGUGGCAACCCUCCUGCAGCAGCACUUCCACCUCUGCUAAUGCAGCUUUGGCCGCAGAUGUGGCUUCUGUUCCGGCUCACCCUAUUUGUCUGGUUCUUCACUUCUCCCACUGCAAGCUGGUCGAGAUGGUUCACCAUCAUUACUAUUGCAGUGCUCAUCUUUGUUAUUAGCACAGGUGUUUUGAAUGGUGUUCCAGAUCAUAUUUGGCGACCUCUGGGACGGCAUCUGGAGAAUCUGAUUCCCAUGGAGCAACCAAGGCGCCCACACGCAGGCCCGCAAGGAGCUCCACAGAGAGGCGGUGACCAGAAUGGCCAGGCUCGACAAGAGCCAAACCCAGAGGACAUGGCUAGAAGACUAGUGGCACAGCAUCAGGGUCCGGAGAGCUGGAUUAUCUCGCAAGUGAGACGGCUGGAGCGAGCCGGUCUCUUGUUUCUUGCCAGUAUCGCCCCGGGUGUUGCAGAGAGACACAUUGCCAACCUAGAGGCGGCAGCGCGAGCUGAGAGAGAACGUAGAGAGGCCGAAGCGGCGGCGGCGGCAGCAGCAGCGGAAGCAGCAGCAGCACAGGAGAACGAAAACAACGAAAACCAGGAGGCGACAUCAGCUCAAGGAGAAAAUGCUGAUACGGGAACGGGACAAGGUGGUGAACAGGCAGAGGGGCAGGGAGGUGAUGAAAUACGUGAAGAACGAGGAGUUCCGGAAAAUAAUGAGGCGAAUGAACCAGUGGUUGAACAGCUUGUCGCGGUCUAG